GAAAAUCACGGCUUUUCUUAAUGAGUUUAUACUGGAGCAAUACUACUAAUUCCAAAGUUAAUGGAGGGGAUAAUAGUGAAGUAGAUAAAGCCUCCGAAGUUAUUAGUAUUAUUUGUCAAAAAAUUAAGGAUUCUAAAUCCCCCGAGGAGCGCAAAGAUUACAUCCGAGCGAUAAGGGCUAUGGUAGGGAGUUAUCAACUUGAAGUUGGUUUACAAUGUAUGGAAAUAUUGGUUGAGGUCUUAAAAAAAGAUCGCAAUGAGUUAUUUAUAGUGGAACACAUAAUUGAAAUAUUUUCUUAUUUGUUUUCUAAACAAGGCAAUGGAGUAGAAGAAGGAAACCAAUCUUAUGGUUCUCAAAACAUUGCUCUAGCCUUCAUCGAAAUUUUUGUUAGAAAUGCAGCUUUUGUAGAAGCGGUAGUGGAAUUAGCAGCACAACCGAGCUUCACGGUGCGCAUCGCAAUCGUCCGCCUUCUUAUGAAACUUUUGGACCAUCAGUGCUUUCUAGUGCAGAAUGCUGUUAUCGCUGUUCCUCACGUCCUUUCAAGGCUCCUCGAACUACUGGAAGAUCCUCGCCCGCCAAUCCGACUUGACGCUCUACUAAUUCUCACUCAGUUGGCAAAGUUUAAUUUCAGUGUACAACAGAUUCUUGUUUUUGAAAAUGCCUUCAGAAGAAUCUUUGACAUCAACUGUUCUGUGGAGAGUCACCCAGGCCCCGUUCAGCUUAACAGUCUACGCUUGAUUUAUGAACUUCUAAGAACCAAUAAGAGCAAUCAGAAUUUUUUCCGAGAAACCCACUGCUUCUCCCGCUUAAAUCCUUUCCUUGAAAACCUUUGCGCUGCAAGUCUAGAAAGCCGCCCCCUAUUGGAGGAGGCUGUUGCCGCUCACCUUCUAAUAUUAUCGGUUCUUCGGAUCUUCGUUCACCAAACCAAUCCCCACGUGGCUGUGAACCAAGAUGCUCUUUUGGAUCAAGGCUCCUUCUUUUUACUAAGAAACGUUUUGUGGAGCCCCAACUUUAGCGGGCUUCCGGAACCUGUGCGGGUCUCCAUACUGUAUUUAGUAGCCGACUGCAUGCGAAAGAACCGACGAGCCCAGCAGUUUUUUGAAGCUUUUGGAGAGGCGUCCGCAGCCGCCAGCAUGAGCCGCUGUUUACCAAUAACGAGCAACCCUGACCAUCUUAGUGACGUAGAAGACGGGAGUUCGGCAGCGCUCGAACUGUUUCUGGAGCCUCUUUUCAACCCUCAACUUACUCUAUACCCCCGCUUGGUGUACCUGUACUGCUUAGGCGCCUAUCUCAGCGACAACCCAGUUCCUCAGCGGCGAUUAAUACUUUUCGUUCUUCCGAGGGAGGACUCUCUAAGUGACCCUGUUUGCCAGUAUAAACAAGGAGACAACCGCCUUCCCUUCACCACUCUCCUCUUCGAUACUACGCGCCCCGUGGACUCGUGGCUAGCUAGUUUGGCUCUUAUACAGUCUUUCCGAGUCUCUAAGCCUUACAGCGACUGGGGCCUUCAGCUUAAGCACCUCCUUUUGGAUUUAAACAUUCAUGGCGUUUCUUUUAUAAGGAAACUGUCAAACCUCUUCUCUUUUGACGGGCCUGGAAAAGUGCGGAUCUGGUGUUCCGGUCUGCUUCUUUUAAGUUCUCUUCUUGCGGAGUGCCCUGUAGCCGUACAUCGAGCGCUUCGGGAGGGCCCCGAGAUCCGUUCCUUCUUGCUGGAAAAGUCACAGUCACAACCACCCACGCAGCUCGACUGUGCGUUCCUCUCCGGCCUGACCUCGUUUACUAUAGGCCUCUGUCUGCUCUAUAGCGACGAAGAUGCUCACGAGCCACUCUUUCCUGGUGGCCUCGAUUACGAUAGACUAAGUCGGAGUAUCAAACUAUUAACCACAUGUCAGCCUUUUAAAAACGCUGCUGAGAACUUUGAAGUUUGCUGCCACCAAAAUGGCGAGUCUGAAGUAUGGUUCGACCAUGACUUUACCGUCUUCUGCCGAAGAGAAGUGCCCGCAUUGCUUAAGUGCUUCGAAGAUAAACUUCAAGAGAAGAACGUUCAGAAGGGCGAACGGCAAAGUUUUCUUUCUCCGCAGUUUGAGCGUUUGGCACGUGCGCAAGAAGAAGAGAUUCGACGUCUGCAGCAGCAGUUGUGCGAUCUUCUAAAGCUACCGGAUGACUCGGAGGCUCCUGAGCUUAAUGCAUUGAAGAAAGAAAUCGAGACACUCAACGAUACUGCGCAAUAUUUAACACAACAACGGGAGCUCGAAGAGGAAGAACUCACAAAAAGUCUAGAACGUUUAGUACACGAAUUGGAGACGUUAGAAGAAGAGCGCAACGAUUUAACACUAUUAUUGCGAGACGAAGAAGAACAAGUAGUGAAACUUCGAGAACGUCUUGCACAAUUAGAACAAACUUAGCUACCCAUUUCUUCAACUUUAAUUUUUUUUCUUUAUAAAAGAUGCAUCUUUCGUCA